AAUUACAAGCUGUGAAAUGAGGAGGAGUAGCAACUAACCUCAGAAAAUAGUUUAUAACCUUACAAAUUAGUUGGACACAUUUCACAUUUUGCUUCUUGCUGCCAGGAGCUAACAUUAUAUCAGAUACAUUAUAAGUUAAUUCUGGUGCUUCGCUUAAGACUGUGUAACCCUGAAAAGUUUUGUGAGCUUCAAUGUCUUCUGACGAAGAAACUGUGAAGAGUGACCGGCAAGCAUCCAAGCGAAGGUAUCCUUUCAAAAAAGGCCAUGUGAAGAGAGACAAUCACACGUAUGUAAAACGAGAAUAUGUUCAUCACGAUCAACUAAGUGAAAAAGAUGUGGGAAUAGACGAAUAUAUCAGCAAAUUGGCAGGAUACCCUGCUGUCAUUAAGGCUAGAUAUUCGGAUUUUCAAGUUAACGAAAUUGAUCUAGCAGGAAAUCGAGUGAAAUUAACCGACAGAAAUCUGCCAAAAGAGUUUGAAGAACCUGCAGAACUUUUAUACAUUCGGACUGAACAAUCUCCGUUCCAUAAAAUAUCUCAAGACAAAUGGGAAUCUUUGAGAAAGAUGGUUUCUGAGAGUGAUAAUGAAGCAUCUGACCAAAAUCAUCCGCAUCUAGUUGAACUAGAUGCGGAAGACUUUACUAAGGAUGAGAGGAAGAUGGUUCAUGAAUGUAUCAGGAAGCAUUUUGGACAGAAAGUGGUCACUUCCACCAUUACGAAAGACUCCAAAACUAUUAUUCAACUCAAGAAGUGGGGUAAAAAAUCAAAAGAUACUAGAUGCAGUUGGCCUGAAGGACUGCCAGAAUAUGUUCACUUUGUAAUGUAUAAGGAAAUGAUGGACACCAUAGAUGCAUGUUUCAAAAUGGGCCAGGUUUUGCGAAUAUCUGCAUCAGGAAUUACUUAUGCUGGCGUUAAAGACAAACGAGCUAAAACAAGCCAAUGGUGUUGUGUCCGAAAGUUUCCGCCAGCAAAACUCCUGUCCAAUGCGGGACGAAUACGGAAUUUGAAAGUUGGAAAUAUCAUCUUUAAAGAUCAUUGUCUCAAAAUCGGCCAACUGAGUGGGAACUUCUUUCGCAUUGCUUUGCGAAAUGUUCAAGCAGAAGAUAGUUUGAUUAACGAAUCGAUUAACCAUGUUAAAGAGCACGGGUUUAUCAACUACUACGGAUUGCAGAGGUUUGGGAAUGAUAAGGAAGCUCCCACGUUUACGAUUGGGAUUAAGCUGAUUAAGGGUGAAUGGAAAGAGGCUAUAGAUCUGAUUCUGAAAGUGAAAGCUGCUGACGAUAAAUUGCAGGCAAAUAAUCAGGCGAAAAAAGUAUAUGCUGAAACAGGGAAUGCGAAAAGAGCGCUCCUAUUGUGUGAUAAGCAGAGGCAAACGGUUGAGAAGAAGCUGCUAGAAGGCUUAGUUAAGCACCAUCAAAACAAUCCGCUUAAUGCCCUGGAAAAUAUUCCAAGGUCUGUUAGACUGAUGUAUAUGCAUGCUUUUCAAAGUUUAAUUUGGAAUAAAAUGACAUCGAAGAGAAUCGAGAAAUUUGGUUUGAAACCAGUUGAAGGCGAUUUGAUCAUUGUUGAUAAGCCGGAGGAUGCAGAAGUGGCUAUGGAAUGUCCCGAGGAGGAAGAAGAGGAUGCAACUGACGGUGAUGCUAAUGAGAAAACUGACGUUGAUGAAGACCUGAAGGAAAAGAAGGGCCGAUUCACAGUACGUCCGCUUACUUCGGAUGAAUUGUACAAUUAUUCAAUAUAUGACAUUGUAUUGCCGCUUCCUGGUUAUGAUGUUGUAUAUCCAGAACAUUUGAAAGAGUAUUACAAAGAAGCGAUUGAAGAGCAUGGUUUAACUUUGGAGAUGCCUGAAAAGAAAGUCAAAACAUAUAACUUAAGUGGAACGUACAGGAAAAUAGUUCAGCAUGUUAAAGAUCUGGAAUGGAAAAUUUUAUGUUAUAAUGAUCCUACCGAUAAUCUUAUACGGUCUGAUCUCGAAGAGUUGAGUGGAGUCAAGGAACCCGAAACUAUUGCUGAGGGACAGUACAAGGCAAUUGUACUGUCGUUCAGUCUACCUUCGGCAUGUUACGCCACAAUGGUUCUAAGAGAAAUUCUCAAAUGUAACACUUCAACUAGUUCGCAGGCGGGAUUAAAUAAUUAUGGAGUCAAAAAGCCGACAACAAACAGAGUUAUAAUUAAUGUUGACACUGAGGCCAAACAAUGGACUGAUUUAGAGCUUCCACAAGUUGGGCCAGGCAGCUUACUAGCUGAUGCAGCCAAAUAUGAAGACUUUAAAAAGCUCCUGUUUAAAGAUGUGUUGGCGCCAACUGAUAGUGAUUGUCCGGAGGCAAAAGAACCCGAUGACGAGGGAGACAAUGAGGGUCCCGCUAAAAAAAUGAAAACUAACGGACAUGAAUAAAUCUGCUUUCCUGCGUGUUUAUUGUGAUACUUUAAUAUGAUUUUAUAUAUUUUUAGCUUGGAAUUAAUCUUCUGGAAUCUUCACUAGAUUUUGAGGGACUUUUGUUCACGAACUUUGAAAUAUAUAACAUUUUUAACAUU